GUACUACAGUUGUAGUGUUAGCGCUUGAGCCUCGAUCGCGCCGUAUCAGGCAAAUUUAUCGUGUUCAAUGCGGUUCCGAACCUAUUGUCAAUCCACCACCGUUUCUUCUAGACGUCUGUUCCCUGCAUAAAAACACCUACCAACUGGGUUUCUGCGCACUCCGGAUCAUGGUGCUUCAAGUUAGUGCUGCUCGAAUGAGCAAAACUGGUGGUCUCUCCCAUAAGAUGCCAGUGGUGCCUGAAGAAUUGCUUUCGACCCUUCGACAAGAAGUUUUUGCGUUACAAAAUAGAAGGAAGGAGUUGUUAGCCCGCCUUGAAGAAACGAACACAUCACUCGUCGAAGUUCAAACACUCUUGACAAGGAAAACAUCACAAGCACAUACAGUCCAAAAUCUUCUUGCGCCAGUAUCUCGCCUCCCAGACGAGGUCCUGUUGGCCAUAUUCGAAGAAGCAGUACGAAGCCAAGAGCAAGGACAAGUCACACGGACGGAGAUAGCCAUAUCAUAUACUUCGCAUCACUGGAGACAGGUUGCGGUUAAUGCCCCUCGGCUGUGGAACAGCCUCUGUAUCAGAGCAGAGGUCCCUAUCGCCAUGUUACAGAUAUACCUUUCUCGCUCUGCGAACAUUCCUCUUACCAUUGAAUUCCGUGAACGCGAAACUGCAUGGCCCGGUGCAGAUAAACGCAGCAUGGCACAUCUUGGUUCUGCUCUUGACGCUAUAUGGCCUUCGGUCCCUCGUUGGCGACGUAUCGUCGUCCUGCACAGAUCUUACCCGUACUUUACACAUGUCUUUCGGGAACUUCGAAAGGUGGCUCCUUUGAAGAUGCUUCAGAGCAUCUCUAUGAAGUCACCGGGCGUAUGCGGACCAUGUCCAUUGUUGCUUGGCGACUCGGCUCCAGCCCUGGAAUCACUUGAAGUGGAAGACAUGCCCCUUCCACCCCCAGUCACGCAGACUUUUGACGCUGCCCGCUACAGCGUUGCAGGACUGACCACGUUGCGGUUGCGGAGCAUUGAUAAAUUCAGCCCCGAUGUUAAGCGCCCUCGAAAUCUAUGGACAACCUAUAAACUUUGGCCAGGAGAGAGCCAAUGAAGAAGACGUUCUUUCCCUGGAGAUUCCUCGUCUCCGCACCCUGGUUCUUCAUCCGGGCACGCAGCAUCCUCGUGAUUUGCGCCACUUUAUCUCGGUGAUCAAAGCACCAACUCUUCGUCACUUUGAGCUAGUCUA